CGUUCAGCGCCAGUCUUCUGCCAGCGUCUGUCGCUUGUUCUGCCCAGGGGGCCCAGGGGCAACGAGGGGGUGACGAAAUGGCAACGCACGCAGCAGUAGCAGACCUAGCAGACGGAGCAGUUUGUAUCGGAGAUACGACGGCUACGUCGGCUGUGCGCGGGCACUGAGUCAGUAGCACGGUGUAUGAUCUGUAGAUAACCUCGGAUAACAGAUCGCGCGGACAAUGUGAUCCGAAGAGGUGUCAGAUCAAGGGGUCCCAGCAGGACGCGCGCUCAACAUCCUGCAAGCAUGAACGAGGAAGGCGGUCUCUCGGACCGACAGAUCCUGUUGUCGAGGCUGUUGGAUGCUGUAAAACAGUGCCAGAUCAGGUUUGGCGGCAGAAAAGAACUUGCCACCGAGAGUGACAGCAGGGUUGUGAAUCUGUGCACUCAAUUUGAGGCUGUCUUACAGCAUGGCAUGAAAAAAUCCAAGGGCCUGAGUUCCAUCAGACAGGUGUCGGAGAUUGUCAGGGGACUCAAUCUUUGGAACGCCGACUCGGACUACGUGUUCUGGCACUUUGUGCGCACGCACCUGACGAAGCACGAGCUGGAGCGGUACCUGGUGCUGCGCCACGUGACGAGCGACGAGGGCCGGGGCCGGGCCUGGCUGCGCUCUGCCCUCAACGAGCACGCCCUCGAGCGCUACAUGCACAUGCUGCUGGCCGACCCCGGACACCUCAGCCAGUUCUACGAGGAGAGCGCCUUCCUGAUGGACCAGGAGACCAGCAGCGUGCUGCCCACAAUGUCGGCCGGCCUGGGGUCCAUCCUGUUUGCCAUCAACAUCGACAACCCGGACCUGAACCCCCCCGAGUCCAGCGUGGUGGUGAGGGCGCCCGCCCAGGCCUCUGAGCCCCGGCCAGUCAUCGCCCGGCCCAUGGUGGACGUGAAGCGCAAAAAGAAGCGCCGCAAGCCUCGCUCCAACGUGGUGUCCUUCGACGAUGAGGAAGACGACACGGACGACAGGUACUACCACAGCUGCUUCAGCGCCCCGGCAACCUGCGUGUCCUCGCCUGUGGCCACGGAGUCCCCGCCGGCCAUCGCCCUGCAGCCCGAGUCCCCGAGGGACGAGGAGGCGGCUCUUGGCAUGGCCGCGGAAGACGCGCGCAGCGUCGAGUCCCUGACCCCCUCUGAUGUGGCCACCGACGGCAACAUCUCGGACGAACCGGGACCGCGUUCUGGCGGACCACUGGGUUCUGGAUCCCAACCCCAAGAGCGGAUCAAGACCUGGUCCGGAUCGACGGAGUCUUCCGACUCUCCGCGAAGAGACAUUCCCAGUUCCGUGUCCUCCUCGCCACUGAGUGGCAGGGAGUGCGGGGGCAGCUCCUUCCAGCCGUCGGCCCUCACCCCGAUCCUGGACAUGUCCAUCGGGGACCUCAUCCCCAUCGGCCAUCCACCCAAAGAGGCCCACGCCCUGGACGAGGGAGAGGCACCCAGCACCACCUGGGUCCCUUCUCGACCUGCAGCGGAGGACGUGCCCUACAUCCCGAGCUACAGCGAGGACACGGACAGUGCCGCGGCGGCCCUGGCGUUGGCUCAGAAUCUGGCGCUGGACGCCGCCACACCGCAGCAGCCAACGGCCGUCGAAGAUUCGGCGCCGGACACGACGUCCGCGACCCCCGAGGAGCUGAGACAAGCGCUGCUGGUCGUCACGCAGCAUGUCAAGGAUGUGGAACAAGAGAACAGCUCGCUGAAGAGGCUGCUGGAGCGGGAGGCGGAGCUGAACGCCAAGCUGCGUGCCGACGCGCUGGAGACGGAGAAGGCGGUGGGGGAGCGCACCGACAGGCAGGACUCCAAGAUACAGACGCUCACCAGGGAAAACGAGCUGCUGAAGCACCAACUGAAGAAGUACAUCGCCGCGGUUCAGCUGCUGAAACGGGACGGGCUGGCUGCCCACCAGUCGCUGCAGAACAUGGUGGGUGAAGUGGAGCCGGCCAUUCCAGAGCCCAAGGCCUUCAUCGAUCACCGCUUCGAGGCCGGCGAAUACGAGAAGAAGCUCGUACAGGUGGCGGAAAUGCACGGGGAGCUGAUGGAGUUCAACGAGCGCCUGCACCGCCUUCUGCUCUUCCGCGAGACCACUAUCCGUCGGUUGAGGGAGGAGCUCACGGACCUGCGUGGACCGCUUCCUGACGAGAACCAGACGUCGGACGACGACAAUCUGAGCAUCACUUCCGACUAUGACGCCUCCUCCCAGACGGCCUCGAGGCCCCUCAUCAACAUCUGGAUCCCGUCGGCCUUCCUGGCCGGACAUCGGUCCGACGCCUUCCACGUCUACCAGGUGUACGUGCGUAUCCGGGACGACGAGUGGAACGUGUACCGGCGCUACUCGCAGUUCUACGCCCUGCACAAGGCCCUGCGCAAGAGCAACCCCGUCGUCGGCUCCUUCGACUUCCCGCCAAAAAAGUCCAUAGGGAACAAGGAUGCCAAGGUGGUGGAGGAGCGGAGGAAGAGGCUGCAGCGCUACCUGCGCUGCGUGCUCAACUGGAUGGCCCAGACGAGCUCGGAGCUGCUGGAGAGCCCGGACAAGAGCACCCUCGUCGCCCUCCUGCCCUUCUUCAGGGAGCAGGACCCCGUGAACUUGCGUGCCCGGACGAGCCGGCGCAGCCACCAGCGCCUGCGCGUGCCGGCCCACUCGUCCGGCGGAUCGUCGGGGACGCCCUCGCACCCGCAGCAGCAGACACCCGUGCCACACUACAUGGGACACUGAAGCAGCCGGCGUUUCCGGCCAGCUCCUUGCGGCGCCACUAGAGCCCCUUUACGGAAUCUGCUCAGACUCGGAAAGUGUCCACAAAGUCUGGCCGCAAACAAGCCGACCAAGAUUACACGUAACGCAACCAUGCAGGCUAGCGAAGUAUGAUGCCGAAAAAUCUAAACUGCGGCUGCAUUCGAGAUUUUUGCGCGCGUGUCGUACUUUGCCCACCUGCAGCCUACGAACCGUGUCCGAAUUGACCACGAACGGUGAGCUCUGGUUCGAAGUGGUCGUCGAAGAAACGACGUUGCCGCGACGCACCGACGCCGUCAGCAAACGUCGAGACGCCGGAAGUGCAACGUUGGGGCGCGGCGUACGCAAGGUUGUAAAGAUGUUGCGGUGCCAUCGGAAAAAAGUGUUGCCACGUAGCGGGAACAUUGCGACAUUGCAGGAACGAGGUUAUAGAAACUUUGGACUCUGCAGUCUCGGCGAGUUGGUACUGCCGAAAUACUAAUGCUGCGAAAAUGUAAUUGUAGGGAACGAUGCGACGUUGGACGAGGGACCUGGAAACGCUGUAAUGCGGCAGUAGUAAUAUUUUAGCAAUAGUAUCGCGCCGUCAAAAUGCCGCAAAAAACAAAUAAUUUGUAAAAUUGCCAGAUUGUCACGGCGCCGGAGAAAUGUCGCGACGGAGCGAUACUGGGGCACUAAAAAGCGAAGUGUCGGUGCGUACAAUUCGCGUUCUAGAAACGUCAUAAGGCCGAAAUAUUGGCGAAGAAUAGCUGCCACAUUGCAGAAAGCUCGUCGCAAAAACAGCCACUUUUGGGAGAAGCGACGUAGCAAUACUUAAGGCACGACCGUCGUCAAACCAUCGCGACCGCGCAAAGGCGUGGCCAUGCCUCGGAAGUGCCAUCGUACCAGUCUCGAUGGCGCCGAAUCAAUUUCGGCGGGAGACUCUCGCUCCGUCGGCAUACCACAAAUAACAUUUCUGUCGGAAGUUGCAAGCUGAGUUGCACCCUUUGUUUCGUCCCCUUGCAAACUGGCAGGCAACAAUUGUCGUCAGGAGCUUAAGAGGCGGUCUGGACGAAAAAUGCUCCCAACCCUGUACUCUCUUUGCUCGUCUCUAGGCCAGUUUUCAGGGUCGCUUGGCUGCGCAAGUCCAGAACCCUGGUCAGGUUCGUCGUUGCCGUACAGCCAAUGAGACUGCGGGACUGGAACCUUAGAAGCCCCGCAUUUUUUAACCUAUCGGCGACUGCGGGUUGGCGGCGGUUGCUGCAGCGAGGCUGGCUAUUUCACGAUUCUACUUUCCCCAUCGUUGCACAGAGUGUUGAAUCUCACCUGGCAGUCCCACUCGUGUUUAAGAAGAUUUUUGAGGAACACGCGUACCAUUUCUGUUGCGGGCUGUGAGACGUCCAGAGCCCUAACCGUUCCCUUUACGAGCAAAGCGUCCGAUUUUCGGGUAACCCAGACCUAUCCCAAAGAUGCUGUUCGCAUCUUAAAAAUGACCAAAGAAGUUUUAUGUCUUACCCUUUUUUUUUUACUUAAUAAAACUGGAAAAGAGACGAGGGAACGUAAUCAAACAGUGGAUGAACCUUUGUAACGGGCAUUGCAACGGGAUCGGUGGCCGAGUGGCCUAGCGCACACCAGCUCGGAGCACGUGGAGCGAAAGCUCGCGCUGCAGAACCCAGGGAUCCUGGGUUCGAGCCCCACCCCUGCCCGUUUCGAUCUGGAUGAGCAUCGUACCGGCGUGCGGUUGUGUAUCACUACUGCGUGGUGCACGUCAAAGACCCCAGGCUAGCGGUUGUACCGCACUGGCUAAAUUGCUCAUCUACAGCUGGGAGACUCGUCGCCCUUUGAGGCAGACGAAGUUCUAGGCUGUAUAAAGACACACACAACCCAAUUUUUUUUUUUUUUUUGCAACGGCAUGGGCAAAGAAAUUUGACCGGUCACAUUUCCGUAGGACUUCCGUCGCUCCAACACAGACGACGGCAGGAAUCGGUGCCCCACUUACUUCGGUGGCCAGGACGCCGUAAAGAACAAUGGACCCGAAUGGUCUGGCAGUUUGUAGAGGAUUUUAUCAAGUUUAAGGCUCGCAAAUACUAGUGGCUUUUCAAAAUUGGGAGUGCGAGCUAGCCUGCCGUGCACCCGACAGUGGCACGCAGCUGGAAAGAACGGCAGCAAGACGACGGACGGGCGGCACAAUACAACGCAUUCGUUCCUUCUGCUUGUUUCUCGACCCUGCCGUGUUAGUUUCCCAAAACAAACGUUGCAGCAACGUAGCAUAAAUAAGGAGACUCGCUUUACACGACCAAGUCUACAGCGGCUUAGAAUGCUUCUAGAAAGGAGCGGCCGAGUACGUGCUAGGUGCCAGAGCUGUGCACAUCUAACUAAAAACAGGCUUAGCAGCCGACGUAACGGCCCGUAAUCUUCGGCAGACGAAAAUGGCGUCCGGAUCCUUUUCGUUUACCGCAACGUUUUCUUUGGUGCCAGGAACAAAUAAUCGUACGGAUAGUUUACUGCCUCGUUGAAUCUCGCUGUAGAACUAGCAGAGCGACGGUACGACUUUUGAGAGAACCAGCUACAAGUUGCUGGACAUACUCUGUUGUGCGCGAGAAUGAAAAGAGUUUUCUGCUCACGUUCCUGCCAUUGUUUCGAUUCCGUAUCAUGUUGAGACAUGUUUUCGUGUACGCUCUGUGAACGAGCAACUUUGGUCGGUUCCUGUUGGCACGUCUGGGCCAGUGUGCCCCAGAUGCACGUGUUCGUAACUAGGGUUCUGCGUUUUUGGUAUAUACUGAAAAUUGCCAGAAAUCAAUCCCCAAAGCAGAUUUCUCAAAAUCGGCGAAAACUGAAAAACCCCAAUUAAAACUGUCUUUGAAAAAAAAAAAAAAAGAUAUAGAAAGGCUACCUUUACGGAAAGAAUUUUUCCACCCUACUAUUUUCUUGUUUACCCAUACACAACACAGUUGCACUGAACUGCAAGUAUAAUUUUUAAGUUAUGAAUUAUAGUAUUCUCCAGUAAUUUUUACAGUUGCUUAACGUCACAAGCCCGAUAAAACACAGAUUUGUCCCCCGAAUUUGGAGACAAAUAAAUAGCGAAAACACGGAGCCCUAUUUAUACCGCAAUGAAGCAAGCGAAUUUCCAUUUUGGUGGAACAGUAUUGGGCGUCUGCACGGAAAGCCUUUUAUCGGUUGGUGCAGUUGCCAAUGUGCUAAUCUCAGUGUGAAAGUAUACUCACCCGUUCCCCUCCACCUUUCCGACAAUGUUGCAGACCGCACACCCGUAAAGGAUGCAGUCUGCCGUGUAUAUGUUGUAAUUAAAUACAAGUGUGGACGGUAUUUUUUGUGCAAGUCUGCGUUCCGUUGCCAAAACACUAUUUGAGAAACGAGAGAUUAUUUACCGACAUGCCACGACCGAGCCAGUUUUGUAUCGGUCUCGAGAGGCGGACCUACGCUAGUUUAUUUAUGCGGCGUAGCAGAUGUCGGAAGUGUGUUCCACAUUGGUACGGGCGGCACAGCUCCGAAGAUGGUUUGUUGAAGCGCCGGAAAAAUAAAGGUUGCAAGCACACUCUUUGGA